CGUGACACGCCCCUCUCUGUGACGUCAUCCCAACAUGGCGGCCUACUUGAGCCGGUUGCACCAUGUUUCUCUCCACGUCUCAAACGUGGAAAAAGUUGCUCACGAGCUCGUGUCCCGGUUCCAGUUUAACGUGUUCGCGGCCCGACUGACAGACCGAGCGAAGCAGCUCGCGCUCCGCCGGGGAUCCGCCGUGUUCGUAAUCAACGAGCGGCAGAGCGAGGCGCUGAAUGGACGUCAGUCACGUGAGCACCGGGACUCGCAGUGUCUGUUCGGAGCCGACGCGCACUAUCCGGUGGACACCGUGAGUAACGUGUGCUUCGAGGUGGACGACGUGCAGAACGUGUCCGCUGCGCUACGGGAUCGGGGUUCGUGCGAGUUUCUCCAGCCGCCCACCGAGCUUCAGGAUGACCGCGGGCUGGUCCGCUUCUCCGUCGUCCGCUCGCCGGUGGGUAACGUGUGCCACACGCUCAUAGACCGCUCUCGUUACCGGGGGCUGUUCCUGCCGGGCUUCCAUCAGGUCGACUCGGACUCCCAGACCGCGGGCCGCUCGCAGUGUCCCAUCACGCACUUCGACCACAUCACCUUCGCCUGUCCCCGCCGCAGCUCCGCGCGCAUCAGCCGCUGGUACCGCGACACCCUCGGCUUCCAGAGGUUCCUCAUUCACAGGAAUGAGGAUGUGGAGGAGGGGUUUGUGCUGAACCAGGACGGGAUCGGGCUUCGGCUGACGGCUAUGGAAUACUGGAAAUGCAGCGAGUCGGGGAUCACGCUGCCGUUCAAAGACGAAAAAGAGCCGGACUGCAAGUUUGUGAUCGCAGAGUCUCUACCGGAGCUGGGCAGGAACCAGGUGGACACGUUUCUGGAUCAGCACCGAGGCGCAGGAAUCCAGCACAUUGGGCUCUACACCGAGGACAUCGUGAGAACGGCUCACACUUUGAGUCGAGCUGGAGUCCAGUUCUUCUGUCCUCCGCCUGCGUACUACACGGAGGUGGGAAAGCUGGAGGAGAUCGAGGCGGCGGGUCUCGACCCUCACACACUGAGUCAGUACGGGAUUCUGCUGGACACCGACAUCCAGACGGACAGACGGGUCACAGACGGCCAGCGGUAUCUGCUCCAGGUGUUCACCAAGCCCAUUUUCGGAGAGGACACCUUCUUCCUGGAGCUGAUCGAGCGCAGGGGUGCCACGGGCUUCGGCGAGGGGAACAUCCGUGCGCUCUGGAGAUCCGUGAAGGCCUACAUGGAGAGCGAAGAGCACGUGGAGACGGACCGCCAGAGCACUCAGAGCUGACGGCAGACACUAUAAUACACACCUCGACUCCAGCUUUAGAUUCAGUGUCUGCGCUGCGGUCAGGAACUUGUGUGUGAGAUGAGUUUGGGUCUGUCCUUUAGACGGGACUUUUAUGAUGUUUGACUGUAACAGUCUUCAGGGUACUUCUAAUAUAAUAUUAUCAGCUUCAGUUUGAAAUGUACAUGAUGUAUUUAUUCAGUAACCUGAUAUAUUCUCUAACUGUGACGUCUAAACCUGUUCUGUAUUUCCACUCAAAAACAUUUGAUUUGGACUAUUUGCAGUGAAAUAUCAGCUGUACUACUGUGUGUUUCUGUCAGAUAAAUCAAAACCUCAUACCGAGACACUUGUGACAACUAGCCCCGCUCUCUGAUAAUGUGCGGUUACUCUGACAGUCUUUAGCUGUGUAUGCGCCGUGAUCAUGUUUGAGGAACUCUCUCAUAACUUAAACGUCCUGUGGCUGCAGUAAAUCAGCUUUCAGUUCAUUUUUUCCAUUUAAACAUGUAAAUGUCAUGAUAUACACCAGCGGUCAAAUGUUGCUUUAGUUUCUCUUCACCGAUAUUUUUUUCUCAAUCUCUUUGAAUCAAUAAAUGAGACUUAUUUUGCAUUUAAAGACAUUCAGAUGUCUCGUCAUGGCAUGUGUAGCAGUUUUAAGAUGUUCCUGUAGAUGGAGUCACAGAUCUCUGUUUCCGGUUCUUCGGGGAUGUGGGAGCCUUUUUCCACAACAAACCCAAACCCAGGAACCGCAGGGUGUGGAACUUUCCAACAGCUCCUCCGAACCAGCUUCAUUAUCAGUCAAAUAACAGCUAAACUUACAUAAUGAGCCGUAUUUCCCCUUUCAGUCAACAUGUUUGUGUGUCAGAUCUGUGUUUGGUCUAUUAGAGAUGUUUUAUCAACAAGAAAAACUAUUAAAACACCAGAUUCUGAUAAA